AUGUCCAGCUCUGCCCUGAGUCACGGGUCUACCUCGGAAACGUCAGGAGUCACCUGGGGAAAGAAAGCAAUGGCCUCCUCCCGCCUUGUUGUUCUGUGGCCACCAGAGACCCUGGAGCAUCCCUUAACCCCCCAGCAAAUCCUCACAUGCCAGGGACUGAGCACUUGGUGGGAACCAGCCUCUGCCCUCCCACAGCUGACAUUCCACGGGGCUGUACACCAAAAGAAGGUCUGUAGGAGAAAUUUAAAUGCACCCAGCUCUCUUGACAUCAGAAUCAAUCUUCUGGGAAGAUCCCCCUCCCCUCCACCUCCUCUGAUACAACUGAACAGAGCUCCAGAAAGACACAGGUGGCAAAUUAUUCACCACUUCCCACCUUAUUUUCUUAGUCAGGAAGAUGGGGAUACUGAGAAGACCUAUACCACAGGAAGGUUCUAG